AUGGUUGGAAGACUUUCGCUGCUGAUGUCUUCGGCCUCCCUGCCAGUGCUGAAGGCCAGCACACUCAAUGCAUGUGGCAUGGGAGUAUUCUGCGGAAUCCUCCACGCCGUCGGUCCAGAUCACAUAGCCACCCUGGUCUCCUUCAGCACACUUCUGACGCCCUGGGCUGCUGCGAAAGUAGGAGCCGCUUGGGGAUUGGGCCACUGCGCUGGCAUUUUGGGAGUGGCACUUUUGGUGUACAUGCUUGGAAACGUGAUCCCCAUGGCAAACUGGGAGAAGUACGGGGAUUACGUGAUCGGCGCUUCACUGAUAUUGGUUGCUGCAUACUUCUUCUUGCAAGAGAGCCAACAUUUGGUCGCUGAUGCCGACGGCAACAUCGUGGUCGCUGGCUGCGGGUGCGCCCAACCUCACCCAGCAACAGGCACCCAUGCCCACCACCAUGGCUGCUCAGACUCACACCAUGCAGAAGACGACUGCACGGAGGAAACGCCACUGAUCAUCCAGGUGGAAGAUGUUCACGAUGUGAAGGGCAGGGACACCAAAGGUGCUAUCGUGGGCUUCGUGCAAGGGAUGUGCUGCCCGAUGGGCCUCGUACAGCUGAGCUAUCUUGCAGGACGUGGUGCAUUGGACACCGUGGUCUUCUGCUUCGUGACAGUCCUGGUCUCCAUCCUAGGCACUGCUCUCUUGGCUGCAGGUUGGGCAGCGCUCACGCGAAGCGAGUUGCUAAAGUCUAUCAGCCCGGUCUUCAUGUAUCGCGCCAGCUGUGGCUUUACACUUCUGCUUGGAAUCCUAUGGAUUGCUGCCAACUAUUGCGACAUCCUCAACAAGCUCAACUAUGUGGAAGGCGGGCAUGAGAUGAUGUGA